AUGGCGGGAGGUGCACCCCCUGGAAAGGGCCAACCCGAGCCCGCGAUGGGCGGCGCCGGAGGUAACGGGGGCGAGACCGGCCAGCAGCAGAACAACGAGAUGCAAGUGACGCAGCAGCAGGGCCAGGCGAUGAGCGUGGUGCACGUGCUGAGGCUCGGUUUGCGAAUCGUAGGUUUAGGUGGAAACAUGGCGGGAUUGACGGAUGAGCAGCGCGCGAGGGCGGAGGCGAACAAGGCUGCCGCCCUUGCCAGGCGAGCCGCGCUCGCCGCCCAGAUCCAGAUCCCUCCUCGAGACGACGUCACGUCCCAGGUUGCUCCCGAGAGGCUCCGCAGGCUCAACUUCAAGCGCGUCGACCCGCGGGGCAGGUACGUCCUGCUCUGGGUCCAGUCCGCUCAGCGUGCGAUGCAUAACGACGCCCUGGAGUACGCCGUCCAACGAGCGAACGAGCACGACGUACCCCUCGUUGCCGUGUUUGGCUCCACCGCGGGCUUCCCCCACGCCAACGAGCGGCACCUGGCUUUCAUGUACCAGGGACUGGUAGAGCUGAGGGAGACGCUGGAGCGAACCCGCGGGGUCCAGCUCCUGGCGUACACCCCCGUCGGAGGCGGUGAGCCGGGGGAGGUGAUCGUCGCGGCGUCCGCGGGGGCGAGGGAGGUGAUCGUCGACGCCGGUUACACGAGACCGCUGCUUGACUGGCGACGAACGCUCGCCAAACGCGCGGACCGACUCGUCACCGAGGUUGAGUGCGACGUGGUGGUGCCCCUGUACGGGCCUGGGGGAGGCGCGGGGAGGUCCGAACCCGCGGCUGCGACGCUCAGGCCCAAGAUCCUGUCGCGCUUGCCCGCGCUGACGCGGAACGAGCUCGAGCCGACGCCGCUUCGGAGGCGGUUAGCCGCGAGGUUGGACGCGGAGGCUCUGCUGCUCGGCGGCGAGGGGGAGCCCGGCAUGGCGGGGUUCGCGCGCGUCCCCCUGUGGGAGUCCGUGGACGCGUGCCUCGACGCGUUGGACGCCGCCGUCCUCGGCGUCGGCGUGGACAGGAGCGUCAAGCCCGCGUCUGGCUACCACGUCGGCGGCGAGCGAGAGGCGCUUCGCAAGCUCGAUCGUUUCCUCGAGAGUAAGCUCACCAACUACGCGUCCUCCCGCAACGACCCGUCCCUGCGCCUGCAGUCGCACCUCUCGCCGCACAUACACUACGGCCAGAUCAGCGUGGUGUACGUGGCGCACAGGGCGAGGAAGGUGGCGGCGGCUAGGCCCGAGCUGAGGCGGUCGGUGGACGUCUUUUUAGACGAGCUGGUGGUUCGGCGCGAGCUCGCCAUCAACUUUUGUCUCAACAAUCCCGCGUACGACGCGUACGAGGGGGUGCCGGAAUGGGCGCGUCGGACCCUGGCGACGCAUGCGACGGACCACAGGUCGUUCGUGUACACCUUGGAGCAGUUUGAGAGGUGCGCGACGCACGACGCGCUGUGGAACGCGGCGCAGAGGGAGCUGGUCGUCUCCGGGAAGCAGCACAACUACCUCCGCAUGUACUGGGCCAAGAAGAUGCUCGAGUGGUCGGCCGAUCCCAGAGAGGCGUGGUGCUGGGCGAUCCACCUCAACAACAAGUACAGCCUGGACGGCAGGGACCCGAGCAGCUACACGGGCGUGGGGUGGUGCUGGGGUCUGCACGACAGGGAGUUCCCGGAGGCGGCGGUGACGGGAACGGUGCGGAGGAUGUCGGAGGCUGGCAUGCGGUCCAAGUUUAACGCCGGAGUCAGCGAUUACCUGAACCGAUGGGGCGACGGGGAUGCGAGAUCGCGGGCGGGGAAGAGAUCCGCGGCAAAGGCUGCCGCCGAGUCAGCGGCGGGGGCGCCGGGGACCGGAACUCCCCGAGCAGAGUCCAGGCAGACGAGGCUGGAGGAGAUGUUCUCAAAGAAGCCAAAGACCGGCAGCGGCGGCUAA